AUGCUAUGUAUUGUAGUAAUGUGUGCUAUAAUUGCGGUCCCCGCGUUGGCCGCCCAGGACGGUUAUAAAUAUCGCGAACCCGCUCCGGUCAUAGAAAAGCAGGGGUUAAUUACAGUAGAUGUGCCGUGCCAACAUAUUGGCGAUGUCUCAUAUAAUUUUGAUGCAUCCAGUGCAGCUCUGAUUAAUUCGCAAGCUGAUGGUAGAAUAGUAAACAACAAAGCCCAUGUAAUUGCCGAACACAAUUUAGAAACUGCUGCUAGUGGAUACAGUCCUCAGUACGGAACAGUUAGCAAAGGAGGAGAUAGUUACCAAGGCAGCUCGAACUCGUUUAGUACAGGUCAAGGCUACAUACAAAAUGGUCUAGCUUCGAGUCAGUUCCAGACAGGACAUGUUUCAUCAUCGCAGCCGCCACCUCCCGUGAAUUACAUACCAUUGACUCAAAUUCAAGCACCUCCUCAACCACCUCCACGGGGACAUCAAAUUACGCAAGUUCCUCCUCCAGUAUCGUUGAUUAGCAACAGCUUAAGCUCUGGUUCAAAUUAUGCUCAAGGAUACAAUUACCAGCAUGUAAGCAAUGGUGGCAAGCAAGUUCAAGUUGGCCCUGCCUUCGCUGCCCUACCUCCAACAAUACAUGCCAACCACCGACCUCACAAUAUUGGAUUACCACCUAAUGCUGCUAUUAACGUUGCAGCCUCACAGCACUCUUCUUCUAAUUAUGCCAGCCAAAAUUCUGCUAACUUUGCUGGCCAACAUUCUACUAACUUCGCCGGUGCAACAGGUCAGCAUUCCGCUAAUGGCUACCAAUAUGCCCCCAAUUUUGCUGGAACACACGCUUCUCACACUGGCCAUGGUGGUUUACAACAUUCUACAAACUAUGCAAGCCAACACGCAACGAAUUUUGGCGCGGCACACUCGUCACAUGCAGGAAAUUAUGGGUCUCAGCAAGCCGCUACUAAUUUUCCCGGUCAGCAUUCAUCGAAUUUAGCUCAGCAACAGCACGCAGCAGCUUCUGCCUCCCAAAUAUCUUCAAACUUUGCCUCACAACUAGCAUCUAGUUUUGGUAACCAUCAAACUGGCUCGAUAUCCAGUUUCUCUUCAUCAAGCCUUGGUGCGGAGGGUCUAAAUGGUCAAUUAGGUAGCGUUAUACGUGAAACGGUGGCCAAUGCUCCCCUUGAUCCAUUAGCUGAAAAGCACAUUUAUGUUCACAUUCCCCCAGAAGACAUUGAAGGAAGCAACGACCAGGCUAGUCUGGUAGCUCCUCAAUUUUUGCCACCACCCAAGAAACACUACAAAAUAGUUUUUAUUAAGGCUCCAAGUCACAAUACUCCAAGCUACAGUCAAUUGGCUGCUGCCGCUGCUCCUAAAGUAGAAGAGAAAACUCUCAUUUACGUGCUGUCUAAAAAACCAGAAGAACCUUCUCUUGAACAUCUCCAGCAGCUUUCACAACAUCACCAUAAGAGCAGCAAACCUGAAGUCUACUUUAUAAAAUACAAAACCCAAAGAGAGGGUGAGGCUAUACAGAAUCACAUAACCAAUACCAUUGGAUUAAGUCCAGAUCAGAUAGACUUAACCAAUGGUGGUGACUCAAGUAAUCUAAUUGACAUCAGAGCUGGUGGAGCAAAUGCGGCAUUGAGUUCUGGUUCCAGUUAUAGCUCCAGUGGCUCCAGCUCCAGUAGUUUAAGUUCGAGCUCAAGUUCCAGCUCCAGUUUUAACUCUGGAGGCUUGGUAGAGCGUAAAAAGCACGACUUGUAUGGAGUACCACUGCAGUAA